CUCUCUCUCUCUCUGCCUCCUCCUCAUUCGACCGAGUAGCAGCGCUGGGAGAGCAUCAUUACCUUUACCGCCGUUUUACCACUCACUCAUCUGCUGCCAUCUCCAUCUCCGGUGACUGCACAGUGUUUACCGAAUUGUCUUCCCAGAGGUGCAGAUAAAUUGUGUGAAAUUGAUACAGUGGUUGAUGUAUCUACAUUGAAACCAAAAAGCCCCUCGAGGUGCCCUGAGAAGAAACCGGACUGCUCUCCCCCUCCACACACACACACACACGCUUCCCGUUCAGCACUGCGCAGAAACGGGGCGCAGCGAACCAACAGGAGAGCGACUGUAGCGAAGCCCAACGUAACAGAGGAGUUUGGACAAACGGCUGGCAGUAGAUGAAUCCCGUUCUUUAGGACUUAGCUCAAUCAAACUACACCCCUCUUUCGGAUUUGCACUUGGCCGUGUGACGGUAAUAGUGUAGGAUGGAUUUCCCCGUGUUUAUGGCUCUGUUGAUUUGCGCGCUUGCGGUCCCUGGAUUCGGUGAUAUGGGGAGCGGAAAAGCUCAGAGUUGUUCGGAUAUCCGACAGUUCUACAAUGGCAAGGGAUUCAGUCUGAACGGAGUGCCUCAAUCAGAAAUAUCAGGAGAGCACCUGAGGAUCUGUCCCCAGGGCUACACGUGUUGCACCAGUGUCAUGGAGGACAGCUUAUCCAAUCUGAGUCGCACAGAGAUGGAGGGCCUGAUCAGAGAUGCUGGACGGGCCCUUCAAGCCUCCCUCAAUGGACAGUACAAAGUCUUCGAUGGUUACCUCCUGGAGUUGCUGAACCGUUCUGAGGGUGUCCUGCAGCAGUCGUAUCCUCCGGCGCUGGGUUCCCUGUACACCCAGAACACCCGCGUGUUCUCUGACCUGUACACAGAGCUGAGACGGUACUACCGUGGUUCCAGCGUUAACAUAGAGGAGGCGCUCAACGAGUUCUGGGCCCGCCUGCUGGAGAGGAUGUUCAAGGGAGCCAAUGGACGGUAUCUCAUAGGCGAUGACUACCUGGAGUGUGUGUCCAAGCAGUCGGAGACGCUGCGACCCUUUGGUGACACCCCCCGAGACCUCAAGUUGAAAGUGACACGUACAUUUGUGGCGGCACGCUCCUUUGUCCAGGGACUGGUGAUCAGCGGGGAGGUGGUUCGCAAGGUGUCACAGGUGCCCCUGAGCCCAGAGUGCAUGCGUGCCAUCAUGAAGAUGACCUACUGUCCCCACUGCCGUGGAGUGGCCACUGCCAGGCCCUGUGCUAACUACUGUACCAACGUACUGAAGGGCUGCCUCGCUAACCAGGCCGACCUGGACACAGAGUGGAGGAACUUGGCUGAUGCCAUGCUGCAGGUCUCUAACAGGUUUGAGGGUGUGUCCAGUGUGGAUGUGGUGUUCCUCUCUCUCCCCACACACAUCUCAGAGGCUAUCACCACCAUGAUGGACAACAUAGACACGUUUAACAACAAGGUGUUCCAGGCAUGUGGGAAUCCGAGGGAGGGAGGAACCAGCAGCACCGGGUUGGAGGAGGUGAAGAGGAGUGGGAAGGUUACAGUGGAGGACAGCCCAACCUCUGGGGCUAGGCUGGAGAAACUGGUGUCUGAUGUGUCGAGGAGGCUGAGGGACAUGCAGCCCUACUGGGUCUCGUUACCCAGCACCCUCUGCAGUGACAGGAUGGCCACUAGGUCCCAAGCAGACAAGUGCUGGAACGGCAUGGCCCGUGCCAGGUACCUUCCAGAGGUGAUGGGUGACGGCCUGGCUAGUCAGAUCAACAACCCUGAGGUAGAGAUCGACAUCACCAAGCCAGACAUGACUAUACGCCAACAGAUCAUGCAGCUCAAGAUCAUGACCAACCGCCUCAAGAACGCUUUCAAUGGCAACGAUGUGGACUUUCAGGACACCAGUGAUGAUGUCAGUGGUUCAGGAAGCGGGAUGUGCACAGAUGAAACCUGUCCCCGGGGCCCGCGCCUCAUGGCCCCCAGCACAGACAGACCCAAAGUGUACGCCUACCCUCCGGAGAACAAGAAGGUUGUGAAAGCAUCAGCUGACCACAACCUCCCAUCCAUCGCCCUCUACCUGCUCUCAUUGGUUAUGUUGCUGCUCCGGCGAUAAUCGAUAGGGUAUUCCACCAAUCGAGACUGAGUUUGGGACAUGGGGGGCAGGACGAGGGGUGGGAAGAGAAGAGAAGAUGUCGUGGGGUUACUUACUUACUUUGCCAAAACAAAACAAAAUUAACAAGAAAAAAAACCCGAAUGGACUUCCUUUUGGUCUCGGAUAAGAACAAAAGUUGUAAUGAGUAUUAUAUUAUUCAGAAAUGUUUUGGUUCUGUUCUUGUCUUCUAUUUUACGGUUUACGGCACUACUAGAGCUCAUUUUUAUUUUGUUUUUAUUUUGUUUUUAAGAGUCAAUCUAUAGACUAUAGAGAUAUACAGGAUGUUAGUGUUGGUUGACGCUGUGCUGUGUAAGGGGGACUCUUCAGUCAUGCUGAGCCUAACGUUUGUAUUCCUAAUCAUGUAAACAGCCUUUAUGUCUGAGGAGAUUAUUUAUUUAUUAAAAACAGAGGAAUAUAAUCCCCCCGGAGCGUCUUUGGGCUCCCCAAUAUUUAUAGAAAAACUAAUUCUACCCCAAACGAAAUAAAUUAUUGAUGAGUUUUAUGAAAGAUAAUCUGGUUUCGGUAAGGCCCUAAAAACCUUAAACCUUUAAACCCACACAUUACAUGGCAACAGAGAGAAAAUUAAAACGCUUCACAUAAGCCGUUUUUUCCUCUGCUUGAUAAUAUAAAGCAGUAAUAAUAGUCGUGAUCAUAUUCACACAGACAUGAUCCCUCCACCCUUACUUCUGUCUUUCCCAGAGCAGAUCUGUUUCUCUAGGCUUUGGUGGCUCUAUAGAACCAGAUGGGGAUUUUUAUUUUAUUUUUGGGGGGAGAAAUUAGUGUUAGUGUGACCACAGUAGUCCUCUGUAUUGACACGAUAUUGGCAGAAUAUGGUAGUAUAUGGGCUGUGUGGGUGUGUACUGCCGUUUGUUCUGUCUCAGUGGAGUCCGGUGGGAGGAGUUUUAGGAGGACGGGCUCAUUGUAAAGGCUGGACUGGAAUCAAUGGAACGGAGUCAAACAAGUGGUUUCCACGUUUGAUGCUGUUCCAAUUAUUCCAUUCCAGCCACUGCAAUGAGCCUGUCCUCCUAUAGCUCCUUCCACCAGCCUAUUCUGCUCUGUCUUCAUAUAAUGGACCUUGGACGACAUAAUAAUGUGUUACUUUCUUGUUAAUGACGAAGAUUUGAUGGUACCUAUGAUGAAUACUUUUGGACAGGGCCAGCCAGCUACAGUGGAGUGGUUUUUACAUACUGCACUAUAACCACUUGUUGUAAAGCAGACUGUGUACAUGUGUCUGACCGACCGUUUCUCUGUUUGGAUGGAUUGACUUAGGGAUUGGAAUUCUGUGAUGAUCACUCAAAUAGCUUUUUCUCUCCCCCCUCUCAUCUCAUUCUCUUUCUUCUCACCUCCCACCUUCUUUCUCUCCCUUCUCACACAGUGCCUCUCUUCCCACUCCCUCUCUCAGUUCUCUCUGCCUCCCAGGCUAUUUUUCAUGGUAUACUAUUCAUGUGUUAUGAAGAUCUGCAAAUUGUUCUCCAAUGCUUUUUUUUUGGCAUUAUGGCAAUGACAGAGCUUCAUCAUACUGCAAAAUGAUUGGGAUAUUGUGGGAAUGUUGUGGAAGGCCUUUGCUGAUGAAAAUCUUACAGCCAGGGAGGAAGGAUGUACUUCAACUUAGUUCAAAUAAUUGUCAAGGCUCUCAGUCUUAGACCACUGUGUGGGUGGGGGUGGGGGAGGUGUGUGUGUGUGUGUGUGUGUGUGUGUGUGUGUGUGUGUGUGUGUGUGUGUGUGUGUGUGUGUGUGUGUGUGUGUGUGUGUGUGUGUGUGUGUGUGUGUGUGUGUGUGUGUGUGUGUGUGUGUGUGUGUGUGUGUACACGCACGCAUGAUAAAGAAGGUCUUCUUGGGCUUAUUCAACAAGAUGGAAACCGAUAGAAACAUAUUGUAUAGAGCUGAUUCAAUGCUUUACGCCACAUGAUAUUAAAAACAUUGUCUCUUGUACAGCAAUAUAUUUCUAUCUACAGACUGAAUAGGCCCCCUUAGGGACGAGUGGAGAUGUUUUGAUACGGUCUGCGCUCGUCAAUAGCCGACAUCGAAAGUGCAAUCAAUGAGGAGAUUGGAGAGAUUUAUGACUCCAGAGACAAGGUCAUACACUAGAACUGAGGUCUUCAGCCUAUGACUGUACACUAGAACUGAGGUCUUCAGCCUAUGACUGUGCACUAGAACUGAGGUCUUCAGCCUAUGACUGUACACUAGAACUGAGGUCUUCAGCCUAUGACUGUGCACUAGAACUGAGGUCUUCAGCCUAUGACUGUACACUAGAACUGAGGUCUUCAGCCUAUGACUGUGCACUAGAACUGAGGUCUUCAGCCUAUGACUGUACACUAGAACUGUUGUCUUCAGCCUAUGACUGUGCACUAGAACUGUUGUCUUCAGCCUAUGACUGUACACUAGAACUGUUGUCUUCAGCCUAUGACUGUCCACUAGAACUGUUGUCUUCAGCCUAUGACUGUGCACUAGAACUGUUGUCUUCAGCCUAUGACUGUGCACUAGAACUGUUGUCUUCAGCCUAUGACUGUACACUAGAACUGUUGUCUUCAGCCUAUGACUGUCCACUAGAACUGUUGUCUUCAGCCUAUGACUGUGCACUAGAACUGUUGUCUUCAGCCUAUGACUGUGCACUAGAACUGUUGUCUUCAGCCUAUGACUGUACACUAGAACUGAGGUCUUCAGCCUAUGACUGUACACUAGAACUGUUGUCUUCAGCCUAUGACUGUGCACUAGAACUGUUGUCUUCAGCCUAUGACUGUACACUAGAACUGAGGUCUUCAGCCUAUGACUGUACACUAGAACUGUUGUCUUCAGCCUAUGACUGUACACUAGAACUGUUGUCUUCAGCCUAUGACUGUACACUAGAACUGUUGUCUUCAGCCUAUGACUGUACACUAGAACUGAGGUCUUCAGCCUAUGACUGUACACUAGAACUGAGGUCUUCAGCCUAUGACUGUACACUAGAACUGAGGUCUUCAGCCUAUGACUG